CCAUCCGUCCGGCUCGCCGUGCGUCUCCGGUCCCGAGCCGCUGAGCUGUCUGUGGGCACCUCUGGACGUCACAGACACCAUGUCAAGGUGACCGGCACCUUUUUGGCUUUAUGGACUGAUGACCCCCGAUCCACGACUCCUGACUCCUGACCCCUGGAACGCCAAUACUGGCUCCAUAGGCCAUGAACAUCCCACUCUACCACCCAGACCAGCCCCAGGACAUGGGCCCCCAUCCCAGGGAUUACACACAGGACUUGUGCACACUCGAAGGACCAUCUACCUCCCAGGAGCCCAAGACGGAGUGUGGUGGGCAGGUGGACCCUGCGGAGAGGUGUCCUGUGUGUGGGGACAGAGUGUCAGGCUACCACUACGGCCUGCUGACAUGCGAGAGCUGCAAGGGCUUCUUCAAGCGGACGGUGCAGAACAACAAGCGCUACACGUGUGCGGAGCGGCAGAGCUGCCCCAUGGACCUGGCGCAGAGGAAGAGGUGCCCCUCCUGCCGCUUCCAGAAGUGCCUAGCCGUGGGCAUGAGGAGAGAGGCUGUGCGAGCAGACCGAAUGAGAGGAGGACGGAACAAGUUUGGCCCUUUGUACCGUCGAGACCGGCAGCUGAAGCAGCAGAGAGGCACUGUCUACAGUAACCAGCCCAGCACCGCCCCCUACAGGAUCAAACUGGAAACGCAGCCAUCACAGUUGACCCACCAACCGCCACCUCAUGACUUUCACUUACUGCCCUUAUCCAACCCCACGCCUGCAGUCUUGCACCCGGACUCUUACCACACUUCAUCACAGACACACCCCACGACCAGCACGGGCCAAUCAGAGUUCCCCGUGCUGUUGGACUCCUCUGGCCGGGACAGAAUGCUGGCUGCAGCUCCGCCCCACCCUUCGUACUCGGGUCUCUAUCACCCACCCUUUCACGGCUACGCCAUGGAUAAGAGGCCCGUCUCGUUUGGCUGCAGCCAGUCGCCCCCACCCUUGUCGUCUCCACCACCUCCACCCAAACCCGGUGCAUCGUAUGUGCACUCCAUGUAUCUCCCAGCCCUGGACACGCACACACCAACCGGCACCAUGACACCAACCUCUACCAUGACACCAACCUCUACUCCCAGCUCCACACCCACACCCACACACACACCCUCACCCAUGCCCACCCCCACGGUCACCCCGUCCCCCAGCACGCCCACCCCUGGUGGCCUGCUGGCGGUGCGGCCCCCACCCCCUGGUGGUGCCCUGGUGGUGCCCCAUCCUCCGGAGGACUUCCUGGAGCGCCUGAUGGAGGGGGAGCCGGACGAGAGCCAGCUGUGUGCGCGCGUGCUGGCCAGCCUGCAGAAGGAGCAGGCCAGCCGCGGCAAGCACGACCGCCUCAACACCUUCAGCAUCAUGUGCAAGAUGGCCGACCACACCCUGUUUGGGCUGGUGGAGUGGGCGCGCAACAGCGCCCUCUUCAAGGAGCUCAAGGUGGAUGACCAGAUGGCCCUGCUGCAGAGCUGCUGGAGUGAGCUGCUGGUGCUGGAUCACCUGUGCAGACAGGUGGCCUACGGCAAAGACGGCUGCAUAUACCUCAUCACAGGACAACAGAUCGAGGUGUCAAACGUGUUCUCCCAGGCCGGGGUCACCCUGAGCAGCCUGGUGUCCCGUACCCAAGACCUUGUCUCCAAAUUCAGGUCCCUACAGCUGAACAGACAGGACUUUGUGUGUCUGAAGUACCUGGUUCUCUUCAACCCUGACGUGAAGUCGGUGCAGGACCGCGAGCAGGUGGAGCGCACCCAGGAGCAGGUGAACCGCACGCUGAUGGAGCACACGCUGCGCUCGCACCCCGGCUGCUCCGACAAGUUUGGCCAGCUGCUGCUGCGUCUGCCAGAGGUGCGCAGCAUCAGCCUGCAGCUGGAGGAGUACCUGUACCAGCGACACCUGCUGGGGGACCUGCCCUGCAACUCGCUGCUCACCGAGAUGCUGCACGCCAAGCACAGCUAG